CUUUUUUUCUUCUUUAGAUAGAAUGGGAGCCCCGGCCAUGGCACUGCUUUUACCUCCCUAGGCAGUGCGCCAACAUGGUAUCUAGGCAUCUUGGUGUCUAUGGGUGCCCAGAGAAGAAAUGAUCCGUCGUUAAUCUCUAUCGCCGGUUGCAUCAGUCUGGCGAUAGUUUCAAAAAAGAGAUCUACAUUCCUUAAUUGCGCGCGAGCACGUUUUGCCUUUGGUCAUGUCAGCUUUUGGUUUCUUUGCAUUAUAAUGCCACUUAUUGUCCAAACCUGCAUUGAGCUCUGUGUCUCCAAGAGAGUUGCCUAUAUCAAAAUAGGAAGUCAGAUACUGUUUUUGGCUAUCGUCAAGAAGUCAUCUCUCUCCCUCUACCAAAACAGCGUCAUAUCUGUGCCGCAUAUUACACGGUGUAUCUGACCCUAAAUUGAUGCUUGUUAGUUGAGAGCCUCCAGUGGUCGGUCAUCCGUCAUGCGGAGCAAGCAAGGCAAGCAAGGAGACAACCAGUAUUGCCGCGAGGGCACCGUCACUUCGAAACACUUGCGGGCGAUGGUUGCCGCCUGAAAACCGGAUAGUUCCCGUUCUCAUGGUCAUGGGCGCCAUAACUUGGACUGGCCCCUGGCAGUAGCUUCCCACAACGGCGUUCUCGUUCUGCUAAAAAUGAUGCCAAAAGUCGAUCCGUGAAACAGCCAUUGCAACACCCCAAACCCGACAAAGAGAAUUUCCCUUUUCUCCUUCGGAGCUGAGCAGUUGCGCCUUAAGCUGAGCCAGGCUGAGCCAGGCUGAGCCAGGCUGAGCCAGGCUGAGCCAGGCUGAGC